GUUUAUCUGGUUUCGCCAAAACAUAUUUUAAAACAUAAUUCAAGAACGAAAAAUAAAUCCUGAAAAAGUUCCCCUCCUUUUUCUCAUUGCUCUCUGAUUCUUUCUUCCUGUCGACCAUUUUCUUGGACUGAAACUGAUUGAGUCAAAAUUUCCAUUGAUGUCAGAGCCAUUAGAACACAAUUACAUAGGCUUAUCAGACUCUUCUUCCAUGGAAAGAAUCUCUGAAUCCUCCAAUUUCUCAACGGAAACUGAAAAGAACAACGCUUUUAACCUCAAAGCCACCGAGCUCCGACUUGGCUUGCCUGGUUUCACCAAAGAUAUCAAGGAAGACGACAGAAAAAUUGUAUCUACUAAGAACUUUUUUCCAGGUGGUAAGCGAGGGUUUUCUGAUGUUGAUGCCGACGAUUGUAGAAAUUGGGGGUUUAAUGGCGGAUGUGACGCUGAUUCGAACAAGGUUUCAUCUUCUUCUGCUUUGUUCUCCUCUAAAAAUGUGAAGAACACUGGUUUGGAGAUAAAUCAGCCUGCAAUUUUAUCUUCUGUCAUGAAUCAAAUCGAAGAGAAGAAGAAAGCUCCAUUUACUACUGAAAAUGGAAGUGCUCCUCCCAUUGCUAAGGCACAAGUGGUUGGAUGGCCACCUAUUCGAUCAUUUCGGAAGAACACCAUGGCCACCAACUUACCAAAAAACGACAGCGUUGCUGAGAAUUUAGGCACCGGAGGCUGCCUUUAUGUAAAGAUCUUUCGAAGGCUCUCGAGAGAUUGUUCACCUGCUUCACUCUUGGCAAAUGUGCUUCUAAUGGGGUUCGAGAAGGUUUAAGUGAAAGUAAUUUAAAGGAACUCCUACAUGGCUCUGAAUGUGUGCUAACAUACGAAGACAAAGAUGGUGAUUGGAUGCUUGUUGGUGAUGUUCCUUGGGAGAUGUUCAUAGACUCUUGCAAGAGAUUAAGGAUCAUGAAAGGCUCCGAAGCAACUGGAUUAGCCCCAAGACCCAUGAGCAGUGGAAGGACAUAAAUCUGAACCCGAUAGCAAUAGGAGCUUUUAUAUUAUUUAUUUGUAGUGUUAGUAAUUCCAUGAGAAUGGAAAAAAAAAAAAAAAAAAAAAAAAAGUCACAACUAGAAGAGGUGCUUCCAAUAAGUUUGGUUCCCUUGUUGUGUGCUUAGUAUGUACUUACAUUAAUUAAUGUAAAUGGCUUGUUAAUUUCCUGUUGUUGAUUGUUGCCCUUUUUUGCUACUUUUGGAACCCGUGAAUGAAGACGUAAUAAAUUACACGAACUUGGUUUUAGGUAG